AUGAAGCACCGGCUGCAGGAAGACCAGAAGGCUGUGGCCGUGGGUGUUUUGUGUAAGCCAGGCAAGCAGCAAGGAGGUCAACACCACCAUUCCAAGAAGCCCCAGCGACUACCGAAGCUCUCCAAAUCGGAUUCAACACAAAACACGCGGCCGAUUUCGUUCGAGACGGAGAGAGAGCAGGUCAUGUCGAAUCUUCAGCUGCCGUCACCAACGCGCUCGGUCAUUGAUCGGCACGUCCAAGUUACCAAACACAGUACCCAGCACGCUCAAGAAGCGCUGCCUCCAGUAGCUGGAGCAUUCAAAAAGCGUUCUGCUCCUGCUUCAAUGUUCCCUCAAGCUUACGCACGCAACGAGCUCCCAAUCAUGAUCGAAGGUGGCAAGGGCGGCGGGAAGGCUGGCCUCCGCUGGACGGCCCCGAUGGAAGAUCUUGACUUCAGCAAGUACUUCCCGUUGUUCGUAGACGGCAUGCGCGAGAAGGCUUUCCCUUUCAGCUUCUUGGCGCGUGAAGGUGCCUUCCAGUUGGCUGCGUUCGCCCAGAGACACCCGAACAAGCUCGUCGACUGUCUGUACCGAGUCAUACCUGCGCUUCGCACGAAUUUAGAGACUCGGGAUAAUGGGGCGUUGAGGGACGCGCUGCUACUGCUUCAGCAACUUGCACAAACUCCUGGAGUGGGGCCGCUGUUGGUGCCGUACUACCGCCAGGUCCUGCCGAUACUGAACAUGUUCAAGAACAAGCGUCGUAACCUUGGCGAUGAUAUAGAUUUCCGACAGCAGCGUUCACAGGACCUUGGCGAAGUAAUCAUCGAGACGCUGGAGCUGCUGGAGCGAACAGGAGGCGAGGACGCGUUCAUUAACAUCAAGUACAUGGUUCCAACGUACGAAAGCGCGCUGAGCUGA